UCCGGAAGCGUUUUUUUAUUUUUUCAUUUUUAUUGCAGCUCUCGUGUAAUAGUUUGACUUUUAGAGGACUUUUCACAUCUGUGGAACACUAAGAACAACAUUUGAAGUCGACACUACAGCUUUUUUAUAUCCCACAUACAGUUGUUCCAUGUAGUCAAAUAUCCGUGAAGUCGAACCUAGAGCUUUUAGUGUGAGGAGGUGCAGAGCUAACUGAGCUAUGCUAGCUCCCAUGGUCACCAGACAUCGCAAAUAGUUCUUCAUGUAAAACAAAAAUCUUCUCCAAAAAUCAUGGGGAACGGAAUGAACAAGGUUAUUGAUGGUCUUUACCUAGGAAAUAUACAAGACUCAGAGAACCGGGAAAGUCUGUCCAAGUAUGGGAUCACUCACAUCCUCUCUGUGUACAACAACGCCAAACCGGUACUAGAGGACAUGACGUACCUUUGCAUUCAUGCAGCAGACGCUUCGAAUCAAAACCUGUUGCAGCAUUUUAAAGAGUGCAUCCGCUUCAUCCACGAGUGUCGGCUUAACGGAGGGGCGUGUCUGGUUCACUGUCUGGCUGGAGUGUCGCGCAGCACCACCAUGGUGGUGGCCUACCUGAUGACUGUCACCACCUAUGGCUGGGAGGAGUGUUUGUCUGCGGUUAAGGCUGUGCGAUCGUUUGUGGGUCCUAACUGUGGCUUCCAGCAGCAGCUACAGCAGUUCCAGAGGACGCAAGUUUCAGAGUAUCGCGUUUGGCUCCGGACCAGCUACAGGCCCAGUCCGUUUAAAGAGCAGGAGCAGGUUUCUGCUUUACUCGUCCUCUACGCAGAGCAGCAGGCGCAGGAGCAGCGGAGACGAGAACACCAGGACUGGAUGAACCAGGCGUCUGGUGUUUACGCUCUGCCUUAUAGCCGCUGUAACAGAUGAGAGAUCUCCGUACCAGAUGUAAGAAAGAAGAGUUCCAGGCUCGUAAUGACUGCUGUUAUAACACCAGUAGAACAAAUGUAUACCAUAAGCUUAACUGAGUUCAGCAUUAUCACUUUCACUGCCCUUAGUUAAGACUUUUAGGUCUCAUUUAAAAGCAUGAACAAACCCCAUGAAUGCAUCGUCACUACACUUCCAGGCAGCACACAGUAAAAAGCUGUUGUGGAUUCGGUGAUCACGCUGAAUCACUCUUUCUUAGGAAAGCUCCCACUGAGGGCUAAAAUGAGGUCUAAAUGCAUUAAGGGUUUUUUUUUUUUUUUUAAUAAUUACCCAGCCACUGCAGCCAAACUGAGAAUUGUUUUUGACUUUUUUCUGUUAAAAAAAUUACUACCUAUAUUACUAUUAAAAUACUACAUUUUAUUUUAUUUUAUUUUUAAUUUAUUACCUGUCAGUGCACCCAUCCACCCAUCUACAAAAGGUUGUAUUUUUUUUUAAUUUAAUUUUAUUACAUUUUUAUUUUUUUGUUUGUUUGUUUUAUAAGAGCAUUAAAAUGAUCCAUCCACUAAACAAAUUAUAAUUCUUUUUUUAUUAUUAUUAUUUUUUGUAAUGAUGACUUAAGAUAUACUUUCCACUGGUCAUGCUGUAAUUUUUAUUUAUUUAUUUAUCUAUUAAAUAAAGGUUUCCCAUCCACA